AUGAAUCCUGCUUUGAAGCUUACUGCAGCUUGUCUGCUCAUCAUCUCGUUUGCCAGUGCCUCAUCUACGCCUCCUAUAACAACAUCAUUCGAGCAUGGCAACAUCACCUCUAUUCUCGAUAGAAUCCAGGCACGUGGCUACCUGAAAGUUGGCACGACUGGAGACUACAAGCCUUUCUCGUACAAGGUUACCAACCGAACCGCUCUACCCGGCACAUCAGCCAUCAACACGACCUACAUCGGUGCGGAUAUCGAUCUUGCUCAGACCCUGUCAGACUCACUAUCCCUCCCGCAUCCCAUCGAGUUUGUCCCCACCAUCUGGGCGAACCUGACCGCCGACGUAACCGCCCAAAAAUUCGACAUCGCCAUGACCGGCGUCAGCAUCACGCUACCCCGCGCACAAAAGGGCUUUUUUUCCACCGCCAUCCAACGUGUCGGCAAAGCAGCAUGCGUGAGAUGUGCAGACCUCGCCAAAUUCUCCUCCUUGGCAGCCAUCGACACGGCUGGCGUCAAGGUCGCUGUCAACCCAGGUGGUACCAAUGAGGCGUUUGACCGCACGAAUUUGAAAAAAGCAACGAUUGUUUUGGUCCAGGAUAACAAUGCAGUUUAUCAAGCUGUUAUCCAAGGCCAGGCUGAUGCUAUGAUCAGCGAUAUUGUAGAGGUUGAACUACAGGUCCGGUUGCACCCUGAGACGCUUUGCAUUGUCAAUCCGGAUCAAGCCUUUACGUUUGAGGAACUGGGCUAUAUGAUUGGGCGAGAUGUUGUGUGGAAGCAGUAUUUGGACACUUUUGUGCAUGUUCAGCUGGGAAGUGGCAACUGGAAUCGCACGUUGGAGAAGUGGAUGUCGUAUCAAUGGCCGUCUGUAUAG